GCCUGCCGCCGGUUCGUCGACAGCUAAGGCCGCCUGCACCAGGAGAGUUAGGUUCGCCGAAUCAGCUCUGUCCGCCGACCAAUCUCAUCGUUCCUGCUUUGACGCGUCUGCUGCUCCAACGAAAAUCACUCCGCACGGCCGGGAUGGGACUGCUACCCACCGACUUCAAUACCCAGGCCUGCGUCCCAUCACUCCUCAACGCAGCAAAUCCGCGGAAUCCGGCGCUGAAGAUUUGCCUGGCUAGACAACGGUCCAUCGGCGACUCCGCAAGAGAUUCAAUUCGCCUGCGACUUCAUUGAAGCCAACAACCGAGCAUUCAAGGUUCCGCCAUCUGGACAACAAAAAUCUUAAGGUAAGCCUGAGAGGUAAAUGCUUCCGAUGUCUGGCCAGAGGGCACUACGCCAUUGAUUGCAGGGAUCCGUUGAAAUGCUUCAACUGCGGCGGCCCUGGACACAGAGCCUGGCAAUGUCCCAAGAAGAUUAGUGCUGCUGCUUCUACCCCCUCUGCCUUCCCACCACCUCCCUGCUUCGACAACGUCAACUUCCCUCCUCUGCGCCAAGUCAACAUGGUGAAGCCUGGCAACCCCAUGGAGCGCCCGCAGGAGACUUUCGCUGUUGCCGCGUCCUCUCGGGACAUGGACAGCGAGCUGGCGCGGUUGAGCACCCACGCGGCAUGGGCCUGGCUCGGCGGCGUUCGACCGGCGACAAGCACCAACACAGUAACAAGGGCUUUCUGCUCUAGGUUCAGGAUGCGCGAAGAAGACAUCAAGGUGGUGAGACACUAUCCAGAGGACUUCCUCGUCACCUUUGAACACCAGCAUCACCGGGACACGGCUGUGGCGCAGCGCGACUUCACCUACAACAACAUCGACAUCCGCGUCAGGCCGUGGCAGCUCCCCGUCCACGGCGACCACAGCGUCUUCGGCUCCCACGUGCGCCUGUGUCUGGAAGGCAUCCCUCUGCACGCAUGGAACGAUGGCAUCGCCAAGCGUGCGGUGGCUAAGUCCUGUGUGCUGGACUACGUUGAAGCCCAGUCGCUGCGAAUGGAGGAUGCUACGACGCUCAAUCUGUGGGCGUGGGCGCGAAACCCGUCUGACAUACCUAAGGUAACGUGGCUGACCAUUGUUGACAGGAGCAGCACUGCCCACGACGCGACACCGGCGGGGCGUAGCGGCUUAACCUUCAGGGUCAUCGUCCACCUUGAUAUGGUGGAAGACCCCCCUACCAGGGAUGGCCAUGGGCAUUCACGUGCGUAUGAUUGGAGGCUUGGUGUUGUUGACGGCGAGUGCGAACCACGUGACCGUCACGACCCUCCACCACCUCGCAGCAACCGUCGCAGGGAUGAGGAUGGUGAUAGUGACCGUCGUGGUCGCCGCCCAGGACGCGACGACAGUUGGAGCUCCCGGCUCUUUCGUAGCAUCUCGCGGGCUCCCAGGGACCGCGAGCGGGAGCGCUCGGGGUCGCGCCAUGGCCAGCGCCAUGACUCACCCAGGCGGCGUCACCACCUCGACGGCGAUCAGCAACUUCGUCACCACCUUCAUGGCGAUCAGCAGCCUCGUCAUGCCGGAGGCACGUCGUUGGUUACGCCACAUGUUGGCCGUGACCCGGCGAUUGGUCGUGACCCGGCGAUACGUGGACGCAGCCGUGUGCGCCGUUCCACCCGUGUUGCUGUCCGGCGUGGCCGUUCAGCGACCCCCCCACGGCAUCCUGCUCGCCCCAGAUUUCCACCAAGCGCCUGCAGUCCCGGCAUCCACAGCUCACGCGGUGGUGGCAACGACGGUUCUCCGCGCCCUGCUGUGAAGGCUGCAGCUCUUCCUAAAGGUCGUUACCGCGUUGGCUGCGUGUACCGAAGGCGACCGCGCUUGGUGCCUAAGGGCCAAGUCGAUCCGGUCCCUGGGGCUGCUGCUGGCGACAGCAACCUUGCUGUCUGGGAUGGCAGCAGGAUGAAGUUCGCAGACAACCUACUGCCUUUGGUGCAGUCUGAGGAGGACCAUGUGCUGUUAGGCUCUCCCUGCAGCACGGUUGCUGCGGGCUACAACGCCGAAGCUGUAAAGGACUCCAAUGUCGACGCUUCCUCUCGGAUGAUAGCUGCGGUGCAUGAACCUUCAACAGAUGUUGCUGCGGUGUCAACCACCGCGCAAAGCCAUCUACUCAACACCAUAUUCACCAAGCCCUCGCCUGCCAUACUCGAGCGACCAGUGCUACAUCCUUCGGAGGGGGUAACAACACCAGCGACCACUCUGUCUACUAUUCCUGCAGCACCUGCUAGAAGAAUCAAGCAGCGACACGGCUUCAACCUUUCGACGGAAUUUCAGGAUUGGUUCAAGAAGCCACUGACUGUGGAGAUGGGGACGGCCCUAGAUGCUCUGUUCAAUCUGGAUACGCCAGACACAGUUCGCCUCGACAAGGCCUUGCUGGGAAUUGCUGGAGAUGCUAUAGCUGAGAUCCAAGAGGAGGUGGACGCCAUGCAUGCAGAGGCCAGAGCAGUUACUGCGGCUUGAUUGAUGGCUGUUCUAGCUCCAUGUUAGAUGAUGAGGGUCUGCUUUUGUUAUGUCAAUGAGUCUCAGCUCAGUUUCUACUACUUUUGUGAGCACCCUGGACUGUAUUGGGUUGCUGUUUUGCUUCAGACCUAUAACAGCCAUGCUUGUGUUGGCCCUGGUGGCCCCUUUAUGUUUCACUGUCAUUAUUGUGCAGUGCUGCAAUUUCAUCCAGCUGUCGGCAAUUAAUCGGGGUGCUUUUCUCCUCCAUGUCUGACUUUAGCAUCCUGUGCUGGAAUGUUAGGGGUUUAAAUUUGCAAGCGCGCCGAGAUGCAGUGCGCG